AUGUCUUACGGCGGCGGAUACGGUGAACAACAACAAAGCUACGGCGGAGGAGGAUACGGCGAGCAAGAGAACUACGGAAGAGGAGGAGGAUCGUAUGGCGACCAGCGAUUUCGCGGAAACUACGGUGCCAGCGGCCCUGACUUCUCCGACCUUGCUAGCCACGCCCAGAACCACGGUGGUAACAGUUCGUCGUUCUUUAGCGAGGCAGCCAAUUAUUUGCAGCAACAGCACGGCAACAUUUCCAACCAGGGCGUUGAUGAGAGUCAUAUGGUGAACUCUCACCAGAGAUUUUAUGGAAACGGUGGCGGCGGUGGUGGUGCCCCUGCAAGCUCGAAUGAGCUUGGUGCUGGUGCUGCCAUGCAGGCACUUAAGAAGUUCACUAGUGGCGGUUCUGGCGGUGGACAGAAUCAAUUUAUUGGGCUGGCCAUGGCUGAGGCUGAGAAGCUUUUUGACCAACAGAGUGCAAGUGGCAACGCGUCCGGAGACAAGCAGUCUGCUAUCAACUCUGCUGCUGAGACAGCCCUCAAGAUGUUCACCAAGGGAGGCGGUGGUUUGGGAGCAUAUUUAGGCACGCUCGGAACGGCAGCCGAGAUUGCGUCAAACAGCGCGAGACGAGGAGGGGCGGCGGCGGAAAUUUGUAUCUCCGAGCGGCGUGACGGAGCGACAUUUUUUGUCUCCCAGGCAAGAGAAAAGAGAGGAAUUCCUGGAAUCCCCUUCCUUUUACUCACUUUCUCCCUUUUCCUCACUGAUUCCUUCCUCGCUUCUUCUUUAUCCUCUCGCUCUCAUCUUGCACUGGCGCACUUUCCUCCGUCGGUCACCCAAUCCGUUCCUAUCAACCAGUCUGACCAGCCGGAAAUCCAGAUCCGAUGCACGACCACGCCGCAGAACUUGAUCAUUAUCCUGUUGAUCAUUGAUACAAUAUUUUUUCUCCUAGAAUUGAUUGUCGCGUCAAACAAGAGACAUUGCGCUAAUCAAUGGAUGAAUUCUGCUGCAGGUUACGCCGUACAUUCACUCGCUCUCGUCGCCGACUCGUUUCAUAUGCUUAACGAUGUCCUCUCCUUGAUCGUGGGCUUAUGGGCUGUGAAAGUUGCAAACCAAGAAUCCAAUUCUAAACAAUACACAUACGGCUGGCAACGUGCGGAAACCUUGGGUGCCUUGGUCAAUGGUGUUUUCCUUGUGGCGCUGUGCAUGUCGAUUUUCCUCGAAGCAAUCCAACGGCUGGUUGAGCCUCAGGAAGUGAAAAAUCCCAAACUGGUCUUGGUUGUUGGCUGUUUCGGUCUGUUGUCUAACAUCCUUGGUUUGCUACUCUUCCACGAUCACACCCAUGGCCCUGGAGCUGAGGAACAUGGACAUGAACAUGCACAGGGCGAAGAGGGAGAUUUGCAUGCUGCAGAGGAAGGGCACAUCCACGAACAUUCGACCCGCAAGAUGGCCGACGAGAGGAACACUGUUGCUAGUGUUAUGCCUCAGAAUGUUGUAGGCGUUCGCCGUACUGAUUCUGAGGACGUUGGGGAACGCCCUCAAAUAAUCGGCAAUGAGAAUGCAGGAUCCCAAUCUCAGGAAAGCCGGAGGUCUAGUUCCGGUCGGCGCGCUUCUUGGGGCUAUAGUGGAUCGAAGCCGCGAGCCUUUGCUAACCUGGACGACAUUCAUGUCCACCCGGCUGAUCGAUAUCAGAAUAUCAUCAAUGCUAGCCAACUAAAUGAGGAACCAGCAAGCGAGUCUGAAGACGGUGGUGAAGACGAGUCUACCGCCACGGAGCGCACUAGUUUACUUGGAAAAACGAGUCGCACACUACGGUACACCAAUGGAGACAGUGCCCCGGCAUCUAAAGCUGUCAAGGAUGACAUUCAUCGGACUCAUAACCACGCUAUCCCGAAAUCUGGAAAGAAAGGCCAUGGCGGACAUUCACAUGGAGAUCUCAACAUGAGAGGAGUCUUUCUGCACGUUAUGGGCGACGCACUGGGAAACAUUGGAGUCAUUGCCUCCGCGGCUGUGAUUUGGCUAACCAGUUAUUCUUGGAGAUUUUACGUCGAUCCAGGAAUUUCACUCGUCAUUACAGUCAUUAUUCUUUGCUCGGCUAUUCCACUCUGCAAGGCCGCAUCUCGGAUUCUUUUGCAGGCGGUCCCCGCUGGAAUGAGCAUUGACCACAUCCAAGAGGACAUUAACAGCAUCCGCGGUGUCGUAAGCUCGCAUCACCUACAUGUGUGGCAGCUGAGCGACACUAAGCUUGUUGCCUCGAUACACAUCCAAGUUGGAAGCGAGAUCAAGGAUGAGGGAUCCGAUAGCUACAUGGAAGUUGCGAAAGAGAUUCGCCGAUGUCUGCAUGCCUAUGGGAUUCACUCAUCGACCAUUCAACCCGAAUUCGCUCCUGAUACUGAUUCCGAGAGCCAAAACGGCGCUGUAUCAUCUUCUCACAGCGGAGGUGACAAUACCCGUAUCCCCAGCCGUGCCAGCAGUUUCGGAGACGAUAAUGCAUGUCUAUUGGACUGCGGCGACGAAUGUCCUCGUGGACAAUGCUGCCCUAAGAAAUAA